AUGAUUCGGUUGUUAUUGGCGGUUUUAUUACUGCCUAUUGCAACCGGAUGCCCAUCACAAUGCUCAUGUUCAUCUGGUACGGUUAUCUGUACAGGGAAAAUGCUAACAAAGAUCCCUGAAGGCAUCCCAUCCGAUACUCACAGAUUGGAUUUACAAGAAAACCGAAUAACAAUUAUUCGCAACGGAGAUUUGGAUCAUCUGCGCCAUCUUAAAAUCUUACAAUUGAUGGACAACCAUAUUCAUGCGAUCGAGGAACACGCUUUCGACCAUUUAGAAUCAUUGGAAAGACUGCGCUUGAACCGCAAUAAAAUCCGCUUGCUUCCUGAUGACAUUUUUAAACAUAACCGUCUUUUGCAUCGCCUUGACCUAAGCGAGAACUUCCUUACUGUUAUCACGGAUGAUCAACUACGUGGUCCGAAGAACAUGCGAAAUCUUCAAAUCGACAAAAACAAUCUCGUUUGUCUGGAAACAACAACCAUUUCACAAUGGACGUCUUUGGAAAUCUUGACAUUAAACAGCAACAAUCUAACCACAAUUGGAGAGCUUGAUUUGAUGCCAAAUUUGCGACAAUUUCGUCUUUCUGAUAAUCCAUGGUUAUGCGAUUGCCGAUUAAAAUGGAUGAAGAGAAGUCUGACUGGUCAAGCAGCUAGUCACGCCAAGUGCGCGAAGCCGGCAGUUCUUCAUGGAACUACAAUUGCAGACGUGGAUGAAAGCCUAAUGAAAUGUUCGGGAAUUGAAAAACGGGCUACAAUGUCAUGUAAAGACACAAGACUUUGUCCAGCUUCGUGUACUUGCACUGAGACAACAGUAGAUUGCCGAGAUCGUGGAUUGACCUACGUUCCAUCUAAUUUACCACCAUUGACCACCGAGCUAAGACUUGAGCAAAACUUGAUCUCCUAUGUCCCUCCUCAUGCAUUCAAAAAUCUCAAUCGGCUUAUCAGAUUAGACAUCAGUAGAAAUCGAAUCUCGGAAAUUGCAUCGAAAGCAUUUGAAGGGCUGAACAGUUUGAAUUCUUUGGUUCUCUACGGAAACAACAUCACCGAAUUGCCCGUUGACGCGUUUUCGGGACUUUCCGGAUUACAAUUGUUACUUCUUAACGCGAAUCAACUGCACUGCAUUCGAAAGGGAACAUUUGAUUAUGUUCCAAAGUUGAACCUUCUUUCACUCUACGACAAUCAGAUUAAAUCAAUUAGUGAAGAUACUUUCAAAAAUUUAACAAGAUUAACCACUUUGCAUUUGGCAAAGAAUCCACUGAUCUGUGAUUGCAAUCUGGAAUGGCUGGCUAGAUGGAAUCAGGAAAAAAAUGUGGAAACCAGUGGGGCGAGGUGUGAAGGACCACGAAGACUAGCUAGAAAGAAGUUCGCUACUCUUCCAUUGAGCAAAUUUAGAUGCAAGGGUUCUGAGGUUUUUAUAACCCAUAAAGCCGAUCAAUGCUUCAUUGAUUUCAAUUGCCCUUCACAAUGCAUGUGCCACGGAACGACCAUCGAGUGCAGUGACAAGGGACUUGAAACGAUUCCUAUCAAUAUUCCACAUUACGCAACUCAUCUGAUUUUGAGCAAAAAUCGGAUUCGCAAGAUUUCAAUGGCCUCGAACAUUCAUUUACUUACAAAUCUCCAGAAAUUGGAUCUUUCUCAUAACCAAAUCGCUUCGAUCGAAGAUGGAAGUUUUGCAAAUUUGAAACAAUUGAAGGAUCUAAACCUUGCCCAAAAUAAUAUACAGUGUUUGACAUCAAAAGCGUUUGAAGGGCUCGAUGCGUUACGAACAAUACAACUAUCUGGAAAUGAUAUUCCUUGUGACUGUCGUAUCUCGUCUUUGGUUGAAUGGCUACAGUUUAACAGAUCAAGAAGCAUUGAUAUCCAUUUAUGCUCGCAUCCGGAUUCAAAAGCUGGAGUCCCAUACUCUGAUUUGUCUUUGGAAGAUCUUCAGUGCACUGAGCAGUCAACCGAGAUGUGCUCGGAUAGCGGAGAUUACUGUCCUAUUGGUUGCACUUGUCUCGACAAUGUAGUGCGUUGUUCGAAUAAGGAUCUCACUGAGUUCCCUGCCGGAAUCCCAUCAGAUACAAUUGAAUUGUUCUUGGAUUCGAACAAAAUUCAAGAUAUUCCAAUUCAUCAAAUCAGCCGAUUGAGUAAUCUUGUCAAAUUAGAUCUUUCUCACAAUCAAAUAGUUUCUAUUGAAAACAACACAUUCUCAAACUUAACUCGACUUUCAACUCUUAUCAUUUCCUACAAUAAGCUUCGGUGCCUUCAACCUCAAGCAUUUUCCGGACUUCAAUCUCUCCGAAUUUUGUCUCUUCACGGAAAUGAUAUCUCUGUUCUUCCAGAAUCCGCUUUCGAAAGUUUAAGCAAUAUAACUCACAUAGCUGUUGGAAGCAAUGCUCUGUAUUGCGAUUGCCGAAUGGCAUGGUUCUCAAAAUGGAUAAAGUCAAAGUUUGUAGAAGCUGGAAUUGCAAGAUGCGAUGCUCCGAGUAAUGUUGCUCAUCAGCUGCUCCUCACAGCUCUUCCUUCCCAAUUCGUAUGCUCCACUCCUAUUCCCAACAAGGUGGCUUCAAAAUGCAAUUCCUGUUUGGAUUCCCCUUGUAAGAAUGAUGCUACUUGUGAGCCAAUCAGUGGAAAGGACUAUAAAUGUCAGUGCCGAGCAGGAUUCCACGGAAAGAACUGCGAACAUGAAAUUGAUGCAUGUUAUGGUCAUCCUUGCAGAAACAAUGCAACUUGCAAGGUUAUUCAAGCUGGUCGAUUUGAAUGUAUCUGUGCAAAAGGCUUUAAAGGAGCAUAUUGUGAGACGAAUAUUGAUGACUGCUUGAACAAUAAGUGCCAAAAUGGAGCGAAAUGCGUUGAUAUGAUCAACUCAUAUCGCUGUCAAUGCCCAAAGGAAUAUUCCGGAAAGUUCUGCGAAAACAAAUUGGAAUAUUGCAGUAAGGGUUUGAAUCCUUGCGAGAACAACUCAAAAUGCAUGAAAGUCGAAAAUGGCUACAAUUGUACAUGCCUUCCCGGAUUCCGUGGAAAGAACUGCGAGGAGAACAUCGAUGAUUGUAAUGAUCAUCGUUGUAGGAAUGGAGGAAUCUGUGUGGAUGGAAUCACAACAUACUCUUGCCAAUGCGUUAUGGGCUUCACUGGACAAUUCUGCGACAUUCCACCAAUCAGCAAUAUGCUUUAUCAAAAUACAGCGCAGUGUCAAAGCAAUUCAUGCGGAAAAGGCUACUGUCAUUUGAACGAAGAAUCAAAUGAAUACGAAUGCAAAUGUCACGAGGGAUUUGCUGGAACUACUUGUGACAGACAGCUCUCAAUUGGAUUCAAUAGACAUGGUGCUUAUGUUGCCUUGGAGCCUUGGGAAACCGAUGGAACCAUCACUUUUGUUCUGCGGACAACUAAUCGAUCUGGUAUCUUGCUCUACUAUGGCGAUGAGCACUUCAUUUCUGCUGAGCUGUUCGAUGGUCGUAUUAAAGUUGCGUAUUACAUUGGAAACUAUCCAGCAAGUCAUAUGUAUAGUUACGUAACAGUUAAUGAUGGUCUCCCGCACACUAUUAGAAUAUCAAUGGAAGGAAAGAAAUGCAAUUUGGAGGUUGACAAGAAUCCGCCACAAAGUAUUGAAAACGAUGGAAAGAUUAGCAAAAUGGCGAUUGACUCGAAAAAACUUUUGUAUAUGGGAGGAAUGCCUGAUGAGCUGAUUAAGAAAGCCUUGAAGACAUUCCAAAUUCGUGAAGGACAUAGUCUUAAAGGAUGUAUCAGUAAUGUUACUGUGAAUUCCAACUUGAUCGAUUUCAAGAGUGCUAUUGAAAAUAUGAAAACAGAUGAAGGAUGCUCAGGAGUAGUAGACCUGUGUGCAGGUAUCGACUGUGGACAUGGAAUUUGUGAGAGUAACUCGACAUCUCAAAAUGGUUACAUUUGCCGUUGUAAUAUUGGAUACUCGGGUGCCUUCUGCACAGAGAGAGAAAUCACUUGCAACAAAGACAAAUUCAGAAAGUAUCAUAUCGAGGGAGACUGCCGAUCUGUGGAAGAAAUCAAAAAUGCUGAAUGUAAUGGAUAUUGUGGAGAUGGAGAGGAAUGUUGUCACGCUGUGAAGACGAAGAAGAGAAGAGUGAAAAUGACUUGUAAGGAUGGAACAAGCAAGGUUUCCAUUGUGAACAUUAUUCGCAAAUGCCAAUGUGUCGACUUCUGCCCGGCAAGAGGAUUCAUGAAAUACAUUCGAUGA